AUGGCUUCCUCUCUCGCCGCGCAGUUGUCGCAAAUUGCGGCUAAGUCGACCAACGAGCUUGACCUCAAAUCACAGCGAAUCUCGCACUCGCAGUCGCUGAUCUUUGACCGAAAAAUCGCCGGCUCGCAGGACUUCGACACAAUCUAUGAUAUUUGCUAUGAAGGAUUCCGGGAGCUUUGCUCCUUGGAUGCCCGGUUCGAGGAGUUUGCCCGUACGAUUUUCAGUGAGCAAAGCAAAGCCGAGGAUCGAACGCAGAUGAAUGCUGCCCAGAACAAGGAGCUGGAUUCUGUUAUCGAGGCUUUUCUCGCACUGGUAGGAGGCAGGCUGCAAUUGAGCCCGGCGGUAAAAGCGGUGGAUUGGCUAGUGAGACGGUUUAGAGCUCACGAGUACAACACCGCAUAUGUCCUCCUCACGUUCUUGCCGUAUCACACGACCCCACUCUUUUUGAAUCUUCUCUCGAUCUUGCCCAACAAUCUCACGCCAACAUUCAAAGUACUAUACCCAUAUAAGACAGGCUUGGUCAAUCCGCCACGCCACCCCAUUGUGCACAGUGCAACUACAAACAGACAAUUUUUUGCGUCAUUGAAUCAGUAUGUUCUCAAUGUCUGUCGCCAGCAAGCUCAAAGCCACGCGCUGCUUUCCUUCUGGGCUGGUAUCGUCACUGAGGCGAUAGCAAACAUGCUGGACAACUCUCGUUCAGGCCGGAAGGAGGUCGAGAAGCAAAAGCACGAGGACAUUGUUCUCCGAGUUCUGCCUAUCUUGAGCGACGCAUUCGCCAUAAAAAAGAUCUCAGACUUGAUCAUCGGUUGUUACAUGAUUUCAGUCGUCUUGGCUCAAAAGGCUGUCCUUUCUGAAGAUGUUCUGAAUGGCCUAAUGGAAAGCGUUGUUGUCUCGUGGACUGAAGAGACGCUUGGCUCGGGUCUUGUUUGCCUGUCCGUGUUGGCGCAACAGAAACCAUCCACUGUUCUCCCGAAGAAGGUGUUCAAGGCUAUCACUCGCCUCGGCAAUCCCAUGAUUCAGCUAACUGAAGUUGCCUCCCAAUAUCAAACUUCCAAAUUGUUGCUUGGAUUGGUUUCGGGAUGUGUCAGCGACUUGGACAAGCAAAAGGACAACGCACGCCUCGAGCUGCUUUCGUCCAUCUUUGCUUCUGCUAUUUUGCAAGGAGAGAACAUGAAGCAAGCCAUGACCCUGGUUCUCAAAGCAGUUGGCGACACUGACGAGGCCCGCGGGAUAUCACUGAAUGCUCAGACACAGCUUGCGGAAUUGGUUCAAGGAUUUAGUCGAUCUGAAUCAUUGCAACCUCUUUUCCACAAGGCAUUGGCUGAAUCCGCUCUCAACAUCCAGGCGGUCGAACACAACUUGCAAACUGUGGUUGAGGCUCCAAUCCCAUCCAUGGCUAUUGAAGACGUCGAUAUGGAGGAUGUGGACCAGGAGCCAGUCGACACCUUUACUCCUGCUCUGGUAUCACUGACCAACGAGCCUCUAUAUCCCGCAUCCUUCCUGAGCAGACAGUCGAUUCCUGAGUUCGACAAUCUAGUUCAGGUAUUCGCCCUGGCUGCAGACUCAGCUGAAAAUUUGAAUAAGUUCAGUGACCUGCCUAUCCUCGGCAAAACGAGCGUGGCUCAGAGCCCCCAGUUUUUAUCGUUUUUCACACGAGUGAUUUCCGGCCAAUACCCAAUUGGAACCAAGGUGGCUGCGUUGAAUGCUAUUUCGUCGGCCUUGUCGACUGUUUCUGGUCAACUUGAUCCUCAGACCCUUCUGCCAUUCCUUAUCAUUGCUCUUUCCGACCCAUCUGAACGAAUCCGCCGGGAGGCCACUCGUGUCCUAACAGUCAUUGAUGCGAUGUACAAGAACAAGACCCUCAAUGAUACUACCAAGCCAUGGGCUCACGACAUUAUCUAUGGCAAGGGCAAGCAGUCUACUGCGAUCGCAUGGCUUUCGAUUUUUGACGUACAGAAAAUACUGGAUCGUGCGUUGAUUCCGGAAUUAGAAGAAUACAUCCUUGACCCCAAUCACAUUGGCAAGGUUGUCGACGCUACUUUACGGGGCACAGUUUUGUCGGAAUCGUCAGGUGCUACGGAACUGAAGAAGUCUCUCCGACUUGACCUCUUUUCUUUCCUGUGCUCUCACGUUAUCCGAAUGCCUGUUUUUGCACCCAAGUUUGCUCUACUCCGUCUGCUCAAUGAUGUCAAGAAGGUUUCUGGAACUACUCGUACCAAGGAACUGCUUCCCCUUGUCGAGGAAUGGCGCAGCCUGAGCCAGAAAGAAUUCGAUGAGAUCUGUGCAAAGGAACGUCUCUCUACUUCUGAAACCGACCGACAAGUUGUCAAUAUCGUGUCUCCGAAGGAGGCUGAUGCCAUCGACAUUCUUCUGUCUCAAGUCAGCCCUAGCCCCGGUUCUCUGCGGCCCUCAUUUGUCGUCGCCGGAUUCUCUCGAAUGAAGGAGAUCUGGACCAAGGUUCCCGAGGAAAACCAAGUGACAGCUGCCGAGAAACUGCUGGACAUCUCUCUGGGUUUGGCAGCGGGAGAGGCUUCUCUGGCUGAUCACUCUCGGGAUGUCCUUCGCAGUGUUGAAUUGUCUGGCUCCAUCCUGGUGAACUUUGUCAAUAAGAUUCCUGUUUCGUUGACGGAUAUCGAAGCUAUUGGACCUGCGCCAAAGCGGAGGAGAACAAGUCAGAAUAACAUGGUUGCUAUGACUGUCAAGGACGAGGCAGAGCUGAGCAAGCUGAUGGACAAGAUGACUUUCAUCCUCGAAGUGAUUGAUAGCUCCAGCCCUGACUCUCAUCCAGAGCUGGCUGAUGGCCUCUUCCAGACCCUUGCUGCUCUUCACCACUUCAAGUCACAGAUUCAGUCGGGAAUGAGCUAUCUUCUCAGCCUGACCCUUGGAAGCCUCUUGGCCAUUGUCAACAAGUCAAAGAGCUCUUCUAAGCCGCUGUUUGACACAUCAGCGAUCCGUGCUGACUUGGUUGUGGACUGCGUACGUACAACAGACAGCCCUCAGGUGCAGAACGCUGCUCUUCUCCUUGUAGCUGGCUUGUCUGUUAUCGCCCCCGAACUUGUUCUGCACAGUGUGAUGCCAAUUUUCACAUUCAUGGGAUCCAGUGUCCUUCGAAAGGAUGAUGACUAUUCUGUCUCUGUCAUCGAUCAGACCAUUGACCAAGUUGUCCCUGCGCUCAUUCAAUCUCUUCGCAACCAGAAACGCGAUAUCGUUUCGGGAACUUCAGAACUCCUGCUUAGCUUCACUGCCGCGUUCGAGCAUAUACCUUCACACCGUCGACUCCGCCUAUUCCAUGCGUUGAUUAGCAAAUUGGGGACCCAAGAUUUCCUUUUCGCUGUUCUUGCAAUGCUUGCGAACCGUUAUUCUACCGAUAAGGAUGUCCUCACUCUGAUGACUGGAGUGGCUUCGGAUACCACUGCUGUUGUUGAGCUCACAACCUACAGCAAGUAUCUCAACUUGGUGAUUGACUCAUUCAAGCCCAAGCCUACCAUAUCUCAGGUGCUCCUGGGUAUCGGGAGUGAUGAUGGCCGGGAUCCCCAAAAGGUUGCUGUUGAUUUGCUUCGCGAUCUUGCCCACUUACUCAAGCACUCUUCUCUUAAGUCGAAGCUUGAAGCUGCUUUCGAAACCGAAGGACAGAUUGCGGAUCAAGUCCGUGCCUGCUUCUCGCGGGUUCUUGAACAGGUUCUGGCUAUCAUUGACUUCGUCAAGAAUAUGAAACCCGUUAGCCAGGCCAUUGGCGAAGUUUUGGGCUCUCUGCUGGGUACAUUGUCUCUGGUCGACUUCCUGGAUACUAUCGAGGUACUGCUCCAGGGCCCCAACAACGAUCUUCGUCAAAAGGUUCUCCGCCUUCUCGAAAACCGUCUCCGACAAGUGCCGGAGCGAGACGGCGCUUCCCAGAUCCGGGUUCUGGACUUCCUGCCUACCUUGGUCAAUACCGUCCAAUCUUCAUCGGAUGCCCUUAUCAAGCACGCAGCCGUUGCUUGUAUCGACCGUAUUACUGAGAAGUACGGUCGCAAGGACCCGUCCAAGGUUAUCAACGCUGCCAAGGUGGUCGCCAGCGCGUCUUGCCUUGGCCAGUCUGACGAGCGCAUUCGCAUCAUGGGCGUGUUGUGCCUUGCUUCCAUGGCGGAGGUGCUUGGCCAGGCCAUGAUUCCCGCUCUCCCCGACACCUUGAGCCAGUCUCUGAGCCUGUUGGAGCUCAGCUUGACCCCCGAGAAGGAAAACGCCCGCCUCCACGAUGCUGUCUACUCGCUCUUCUCAGCUCUCCUUGUUAAUCUUCCCUUCAUGAUCUCCGCUGUUCAUCUGGAUAAGAUUCUGUCUCUCUCCUUCAAGUCUGCUGAUGCGGAUCUUGAGGACAGCAGCGAUGAUAGCCGAAUGGAGACCCUACGUCUAAUGGCGUCUCGCAAAAUGGAUCUCAGUGCCACCCUCGGCGCGAUCGAUCGUAACUGGCAACAGGCUAUCGAGGCUGGGCCCGUUGCUACUGGCGAACUUUUGGAAGUUCUCGGGCUUGCUGUUGAGAAAAACCCCAAGUCGGUGGUGGUUAACAAUGUCAAUGUUCUCAGCAAGAUCCUCUUUAAGGCGUUUGAUUUGCGCCGCGGACAGACCGCUGCUGGCGACGCUGCUAAUUUUGACAAUUCCGACUUGGACGAGGUGGAGACUUCCCUUAACGAUGUGACCAUCAAGAUGAUCUACAAGUUGAACGACAGCACAUUCCGACCAUUGUUCCUCAAGUUCGUUGAAUGGGCUACGACGGGAGCACCCAAGAAAGAUGAGCAGGGCCAACUUUCUCGCCUCACCACCUUCUACAAGUUCCUCCAAGUGUUCUUUGGUACUCUUCGGUCAAUUGUUACCGGUUAUUCCAACUACAUUCUGGAGAGUGUGGUGCAGAUUCUCGACUCAGCGAACCCAUCCAAAGCCACUCGCGCUCUUUGGCUCGCGACUUUGCGCACCCUGCGCAAUUCGUUCGAGCAUGACCAAGAUGAAUUCUGGCAAUCUCCUUCGCAUCUUGCCAGCAUCUCUGGCCCUCUGAUCUCGCAGCUAGGCCACGCAACCACUUCCAAGACCGCGGACCUCGUCGUGGCCGAGGUUGUGCCUGCUAUUACCGAGCUGGCUGUUGCUGCUGACUCCACGGAUAACCACAAGGAGCUCAAUAUGGCUCUGAUGAAGUUCCUCCGCCCUUCUUCUGCUCCCAACGCGAAAUCCACUAGUGGCGAUAACCCUCUUACUCGUCUCGCUGCCUUGAAAACCGAGCAGGCUCUCACUGAGCAACUUGGUGAGGAGUGGCUGGCUUUGCUUCCGGAAAUGUUGCCUUACAUCAGUGAACUGAUGGAGGAUGAGGAUGAGAGUGUGGAGAGAGAGGUACGCAAGUGGGUGAAGCAGAUUGAAAAUGUUCUGGGUGAACGCCUUGAUGAUAUGUUGACUUAA